CUACUCACCACCACGCGGUACGUCGAUGCGCGCAGGUUUUACCCAUUUGACGUGCUCCGUCCAUGCGCUCUGCCCUGCACGAACAAACGUCCAUACAAACACCAAGAGAGCCACGACGUCCUCGAUCAAGAUCCCAAGUUGCACUUUCUCAAACUGCACACGGGGUCGGACUCACACGUUGGUCGCAACACUGUGCAGCAUUUAGCAAUUUCCCUCGCACCAUGAAGACGUCUUUUGUUGCUGUCGCCGUGGUCGCUGCGCUCGCCGCCUUUGGUGAUGCGGCUCCGAUGCAAGCCGGGUCGUGCGCUGCGGCCAAGUGCCCACCCGUCGGCGGCAACUUUUGCUCGGCGUCGUCCGUGUCACCGGCGGCAUUUACGACCAACUUCAAGAACGAGUGCGAGUGCCUCAAGGCCAAGUGCCUGGACAAGAAGGUGCAGUGCUACGCCAAGGCGCCCAAGUGCGACCCCAAGGCGCUCCUCGAGCUCAAGGACCAGGCUGUCACAAGGAUCUCGCCGGUCUGCGCCUCGAACGGCGUCACGUACGACAACUACUUCCAAUUGAAGGUCGGCCGCGCGCUCGACCCAUCGAUUCAGUUUCUCAUCACGGGCAAGUGCCCGACGACGAUCGCCAAGUGCGUCAAGAAGAAGUGUCCGUCGACGCGCGAAAAGAUCUGCGCGCUCGAAGCGGCGGGGAAGGCGCCCGUGUUCUACCAGAACCAGUGCUAUUACGACAUUGGACUCUGCCUCAACCCCAAGCUCACCGUCUCCAAGGUCUGCCCCAAGUCCAAGAAGACCAAGUCGCUCUCGGCCGACGCCAGCUUUGCGCUCACUGCUGGCGGCAACGAGACGACGACCGCGCCGACGCCCGCUUCGGGCUCUGGCUCGAGCAGCGAGGAGGACGAACCGGCGGGCGACGAGAUUGUCUGGUCGGACGCGGACGAGUUUUACGUGGGCGAAGACCUCAUGGCGCAGUUUGAAUCCAACACGACGGGCUCGGGCUCGAGCAACGGCACCAUCACGACGCCAACCAACAAGACGACGACGGCGCCGAACACCAAGCCGAGCUCGGCCGCAACGACGAUGGUGUCGCUCACUGCGCUCGCUGUCACUGCAUUGGCCCUUGUCUAACUGUCUAUAAACUAAUCUCUCUCUUCUUGCGUGGGCA